GUCUUUGAUAAAACCAUGCAGAAAAUUGAGGAAACAGUGUCAGUGUUGGUGGGACGCGUGCUGUUGCGAUGAGUGCUCACUGGCUCCUUCUUUUGGCUUUGGCCUCCAUGGCCUGCGCUCAGACAGUGGAGGAAAGAGCAAGGGAAUUCCUUAGGAAAUUUGAUGAGGAUGCAUCUCAUCUCGUGUACCAGUAUUCCCUUGCAUCCUGGGCCUAUAACACAGACAUCUCCCAGGAGAAUGCAGACAAAGAGACUGAAGCGUAUAAGAUCUGGAGCGAGUACUACAGUAAGAUGUCCGAGGAGUCCGGUGCCUACCCUAUAGAUCAGAUCUCUGAUCCAGAGAUUAUAAUCCAGCUCCAAAAGCUCCAAGAUAAAGGAUCAGGGGCUCUUUCAUCUGACAAGGAAAGUCAUCUGAGAAAUGUCUUAUCAGAGAUGAGCACUAUUUACAACACAGCGACCGUGUGCAUGCUGGACGACCCCUUUGACUGUCAGACUUUGGAGCCAGGCCUCGACAGUAUCAUGGCAAAUAGCAAAAACUACUAUGAGCGUCUGCAUGUGUGGGAGGGCUGGAGAGUGGCUACAGGAAUGAAGAUGAGACCCCUGUAUGAGGACUACGUGGACCUGAAGAACGAAGUGGCCAGACUCAACAAUUACGCUGACUAUGGAGAUUACUGGAGGGGUGAUUAUGAAACCAACGAUGAACCCAAAUACAGCUACACCCGAGACCAAGUUUUGGAAGACGCCAGGCGCAUUUACAAGGAGAUCUUACCUCUGUACAAAGAGCUUCAUGCUUAUGUAAGAGCCAGACUGCAGAAUGUCUAUCCUGGUCAUAUCGCCUCCGACGCUUGCCUGCCUGCACACCUGCUUGGUGACAUGUGGGGAAGGUUUUGGACCAACCUCUAUCCUCUCAGUGUCCCAUAUGCUGAAAAGCCUGAUAUCGAUGUGAGCGCCGCAAUGGUGGCCAAGGGCUGGAGUGAAAGGCGACUGUUUCAUGAGGCAGAAAUAUUCUUUAAGUCGGUGGGCAUGCCUGAGAUGUUUGAGAAUUUCUGGAACAACUCAAUGUUUGUGAAGCCUGAUGAUGGAAGAAAAGUGGUGUGCCAUCCGACUGCAUGGGACAUGGGAAACAGAGAAGAUUUCAGAAUCAAAAUGUGCACUGAAGUGAACAUGGAUAACUUCUUAACUGUUCAUCAUGAGAUGGGGCAUAACCAGUACCAAAUGGCUUACCGUAACCUUUCAUACCUGCUGAGAGAUGGCGCGAACGAAGGCUUCCACGAGGCUGUAGGAGAGAUCAUGUCCCUGUCUGCUGCCACUCCCUCUCACCUGCAGUCCUUGGGCCUUCUACCUUCUGACUUCAAAGAAGACUAUGAGACAGAUAUUAACUUCCUGAUGAAGCAGGCCCUCACUAUUGUGGCCACUCUGCCCUUCACCUACAUGCUGGAGGAGUGGAGAUGGCAAGUCUUCCAAGAGAACAUCCCAAAAAACCAGUGGAUGCUCCGCUGGUGGGAAAUGAAAAGAGAACUAGUUGGAGUAUCUGAACCUGUGCCAAGGGAUGAGUCAUACUGUGAUCCACCUGCACUUUUCCAUGUGUCUGGGGAUUAUUCAUUUAUCAGGUACUUCACUAGAACCAUCUAUCAGUUCCAGUUCCAAGAAGCAUUAUGUCAGGCAGCUGGUCACACUGGCCCACUUUACAAAUGUGAUAUUACAAACUCAACCAAAGCUGGUGAAAAACUCAGGCAUAUGCUUGAGUUAGGGCGAUCCAAGUCUUGGACUCGAGCUCUGGAGGAGGUAACAGGGAGCACGAGGAUGGACGCCCAACCUCUGCUAAAUUACUUCAGCUCUCUCUUGCAGUGGCUACAGGAAGAGAACCAGAAGCACAACAGAGUGCGAGACUGGAACGUCAAUACUGAUUCAUAUUCUGAAAAUGCCUUCAAAGUCAGAAUAAGUCUAAAAGCUGCCAUGGGAAAUAAUGCAUACACCUGGAGUUCAAAUGAAAUGUACCUUUUUAAGUCCACAAUGGCCUUUGCCAUGCGCCAGUACUACUUGGUAGAAAAGGGGCAAGAAAAGAAUUUCAUGUCAGAGAAUAUCCACAUGUACAAAGAAACGCCCAGAAUCUCCUUUAAUUUUGUCGUAACAGAUCCAACCACACCAGGCCUGUUUAUCCCUAAAGCAGAAGUGGAGGCGGCUAUCUGGCUGUCAAGAGAACGUAUCAACAGUGCAUUUUUUCUCAAUGAUGAAACACUGGAAUUUGUUGGGCUGCUGGCAACAUUGGCUCCACCCAAAGAAGAAAAGGUCACUGUUUGGCUGGUAGUGUUUGGAAUAGUAAUGGGACUAACGGUGUGUGUGGGGAUCUACCUCAUUGUCACAGGGGUAUUCAACAGGAAGAAGAGAGCUAAGGGGGUUGAGGAGGCUAUGAACCCAUAUGAGGAUUCAGAUGAAGGAGAAGUGAACAAAGCCUUUGAGGAGCACACCGUACAAACAGGACUGUAAAGAAACGGGUGAUUCCAAACACGAGAGCUCUCCUGUAACAUGAGAACUGAGAGUGAUGGAAAAAGCUUUUACACCAAUACACGCAUUUGGAGACUUCGUGUAUUUUAAUGUAAUGAACCGGUAACUUUUUUGAUGUGUUUAGAGAUAUUUAUUUUAUUGCCUGUGUUUCGAAUGAACAAUAACAUACAGUAUGAACACAUAAUAAGAUGAUACAUUUAAUGUAAAACAACAGGAUAGCUUAAAGUUGUUUAUAGCUCAUAUAGAUAACUGUAAAUAUUGGUUAGUAUAAAUAUUGAUAA